GUUUAGCUUCCUGUUAGCCUCCUCGGCUAACUCAUUCCGAUUGCUGUUAGAAGACAUGGAGCCUGAGUUCACUGAGUUGAACACGUUUUACUGACGGCGGAGAGUCCUCUAACACCCACAACCCGUUUCACAUCCCGGAGAGGAGCGGCGGGCUGUCACACUGACAGAGUCCAGGACCGGCCUGAACAUGGAGUCCAUGCUGAACAAGCUGAAGAGCACCGUCACCAAGGUGACGGCCGACGUCACCAGCGCCGUGAUGGGAAACCCCGUCACCCGGGAGUUCGAGGUGGGGCGACACAUCGCCAGUGGAGGUCCGGGUCUGAGCUGGAGGAUCUACAACGGCACCAAGAAGUCCACCAAACAGGAAGUGGCCGUGUUUGUGUUCGAUAAAAAGAUGAUCGACAAGUACCAGAAGUUUGAGAAGGACCAGAUCAUCGACUCUCUGAAGAAAGGAGUGCAGCAGCUCACCAGACUGCGUCACCCUCGUCUGCUGACGGUGCAGCACCCGCUGGAAGAGUCCCGGGACUGCCUGGCUUUCUGCACUGAGCCCGUCUUUGCCAGCCUGUCCAACGUCCUGGGCCAGUGGGACAACCUGCCCAGCCCCGUGCCCUCCGACAUCAAGGAGUACAAGCUGUACGACGUGGAGACCAAGUACGGCCUGCUGCAGAUCUCGGAGGGCCUGUCCUUCCUGCACAGCGGCGUGAAGAUGGUCCACGGGAACCUCAGUCCAGAAAACAUCAUCCUGAACAAGAGCGGCGCGUGGAAGAUCAUGGGCUUCGACUUCAGCAUCUCGUCCACCAACCCGUCGGACGCCGAGCCCAAGUACUCCUGUAAAGAGUGGGAGCCCAACCUGCCCCCCCUCUGCCUCCCCAACCCCGAGUACCUGGCGCCCGAGUACAUCCUGUCCGUCAGCUGCGACUCCGCCUCCGACAUGUACUCGCUGGGCGUGGUCAUGCACGCCGUCUUCAACGAGGGGAAGCCCGUUUUCCAGGUCAACAAGCACGACAUCUUCAAGAGCUUCAGCCGGCAGCUGGACCAGCUGAGCAGCAUGAGUCCCUCCGUGCUGAAUAAAAUCCCCGAGGAGGUUCGAGAGCACGUCAAGAUGCUGCUGAGCGUCACGCCCACCGUGCGGCCGGACGCCGACCAGAUGACCAAGAUCCCGUUCUUCGACGACGUGGGGGCCGUCACGCUGCAGUACUUCGACUCGCUCUUCCAGAGAGACAACCUGCAGAAGUCCCAGUUCUAUAAAGGACUGCCCAAAGUGCUGCCCAAACUGCCAAAGAGAGUGGUGGUCUACCGCAUCCUGCCAGCACUCACCUCGGAGUUCGUGAACCCGGACAUGGUUCCCUUCGUUCUCCCCAACGUGCUGCUGAUCGCCGAGGAGUGCACCAAGGAGGAGUACAUCCGCCUCAUCCUGCCCGACCUCACGCCCGUUUUCAAGCAGCAGGAGCCCAUCCAGGCUAGUAACAUGAUCCUGCUGAUAUUCCUCCAAAAAAUGGACCUGCUGCUCACCAAAACCCCGGCGGAGGACAUUAAGAACAGCGUGCUGCCGAUGGUGUACCGCGCUCUGGAGGCGCCUUCAGUCCAGAUCCAGGAGCUGUGCCUCAACAUCAUCCCCACGUUCGCCAACCUGAUCGACUACCCGUCCAUGAAGAACUCGCUCAUCCCUCGGAUCAAGUCGGCCUGCCUGCAGACGUCCUCGCUGGCGGUGCGAGUCAACUCCCUGGUGUGUCUGGGGAAGAUUCUGGAGUAUCUGGACAAGUGGUACGUGAUCGAUGAGAUCCUGCCGUUCCUGCAGCAGAUCCCCUCCAGAGAACCAGCGGUGCUCAUGGGGAUUUUAGGGAUCUAUAAGUGCACCUUCAGCCACAAGAAGCUGGGAAUCCCCAAAGAGAACCUGGCCUCCAAGACGCUGCCGCACCUGGUGUCUCUGAGCAUCGACAACAACCUCAACCUCAACCAGUUCAACUCCUUCAUGGUGGUGAUCCGAGAGAUGUUGAGCCGCAUGGAGGCCGAACACAAGACCAAGCUGGAGCAGCUGCACGUCAUGCAGGAGCAGCAGAGGAGCAUCAACAUCGCUAAUCCAGGGAGCCAAUCGGAGGAGGCGCGGAGCCCGCCCAGCUCGGCCAAUCAGAUGGACGACCUGUUCGGCAGCUCGGGGGUUAACGGGAAGGAGAACGGCUCGUCGGCACCGAGCUCGCAGCCCAACAGAAUGUCUCUGACUCUAGAGGAGAAGCAGCGUUUGGCCAAAGAGCAGGAGCAGGCGGCCAAACUGAGGAACCAGCAGCCGCUGGCACCGCAGACCGUCAAACCAGCGUCCAGCAGCAACACACAGACGAAGGAUCUGACCAGCAGCCUCCUCACCAACAUGACGUCUCUGAACAGCCUGUCGCUGGCGGGCGGGGCGCGAGGCGGAGGCGGCGCCCCCGCUCAGGGCUCCGCCCUCUCCGCCUUCCCCUCCUCCGGCGCCAUGGUGGGCUCCAUGGUCCCGCCGGUGGCGAACGGCUUCAGCUCGGCCAUGGGCUUCCCGGCCGGAGGUCUGGGGAUGGGCGUGCGGCCGGCGGCGCCCGGCCUGUACGGCGGCAUGGCCACCGCCACCAGCACGCCUAACUUCGGAGCCCUGACUCAGAACCAGGGACCCCCCGGUAGAGCCCCCGACAUGUCAGCCCUGGACAGCCUGUUCACCCCCAACAAGCCCAAAGUCACCCUCAACCAGAUGGGUCCCAGACCACCGGCGGCGGCGGCGGGCGGCGGCGCAUGGCUGGGUCAGUUCGGCUCGGCCCAGAGCGCUCAGACUGGGGCGGGGGGCGUGGCGAUGGGUUUGGGGGCGGGGCAAGGGGGCUUCGGGAUGCAGGCCAACCCUUUCUUCAGCCCGCAGAACUUCUCCCAGCCCGCCGGCGCCCCGGCCGUGAACCCGGGCGGCGUCAAACACAGCACGUCCGUCAACAACGACCUGAAAGACUUGUUUGGGUAGAAGGCGGCGUGCAGACGGUUCCCCGGAAUCCUCGCAGAACAAGUCGCCGACCUAAUGUGAAGGUGUAGUUUUUAAAGGGUCUCACGGUUUGUAUUUUUAAUGCGAUCUGCUUGAAACUGGAACUCCGCCGGCUAAUUAACCCCAAGGCGGAGGACCGGCGGCUGGAGCGGCCGGAUUGGCGGCCGCCUCUUCUUCUUCUGUGGUCUUUACAUGCUGGGGGUUUCCUACUGUUUUGUACUCGACACUGACGGUUUGUGUGUUGGUGUCACGCCGACUGGAGCGUUUCCUCACUUCCUGUGAAGAUCCUCCAAUCACUGCUUCUCCAGGCUGGACUGACAGACGUGCAGCCCGUCGCUUCAGGGCGGCGGCUGCGUCCAUCGUGACGCCGCAGUGUGGCGAAACCAUUCUUUUGACCAUCAGUUGGACUCGAAGUCCAUUUAGCAGAACAUGGUAUGAAAGAUUUGACGGCAGAGGCGCUUAGCAUGUUGCUAGUAAAGCUACAUGCUAAAAGUAGUUUUUCCAGUUCGAUGCUAACAGCUGUACACAUGGUAGCGCUGCAUGCUAAAGACGGGUCACGUUCCUCCAGUGGCGCCUUUAGCGUGGAGGAGCGACACGCUGGAGGAGGACUGCCCAUUCAGGCUUCGGCGUCGCAGUGGAAACGUUGCACGCUUUGAACGAAGCUCCGGUCUUCUGGUUGUGCUGAAAGCAGCACACCGAGCACAGCGCCGCUAUUAGCAUCGAUCUGGAAAAACCGCAUGCUCAACAUGAUGCUGCGCUGUGUGCGCUGCCGCACGGCUACAUGCUACCAAAGCUAAUGCUAACGGCAGUGCACACUGAGCACAGCGCGGCUUCUGCUGUUGUGCCUUAUGUGGGUACAUGUGGCAACCUGGACCACCCCAACACGUUCCCUGACCUGGCCCCAACACGUUCCCUGACCUGUCCUUCACCCAUUCCCUAACAUGUUUCCGUACCUUGACCUGUUCUCUGACCCAUUCCUCGACCAGUUCCUGUCUUGUUCCUAUUUUCUUGCUCUGCUGCAUGUUACUGACUUCGGCCAAAAUCAUGUCCUACCCAUAAUUCCUCUGUAACGUAGUGACCAAUGGCGUCCUGUGAUCGUUCCACAUGUCCUCCAGAUGAAGAUGAUCUAUUUUAAUUCCAGCUGAGCUGUGCUGGUGACGUGUAGUGUAAAUACAAAGUUAUUUAAAACUCUGCGAGGGCCUUCACGCUCCGGUUCCGAGGCCUUAGACGAGUCCCGUGCAAUAAUCCUCCACCCCGAUCGGACCUGGACCUGGACGCCGCCGCUGAAGGCUCUGGAUGCACCUUGGUCACACUGUGUUCUGCUGCUCAUGAUUGUUGUUGACAUGUUGGAUUGUAACGUCUCUCGUUUGGGUUUUGUAUUAAAACGUCUCCGCUCCGUGGCGGGCUGUCUGCGGCGUCACACCUCCGUUACCUUCGCUUCAUUUCCGGAUCGCCUUCAUCAGUGGAGGAGCGGUUUUCAAAGUGUGGGGCGUUGCCCGGAUGCGGCCGCAACAAGAAGAAACCUGACUGAAAAAGUCUGAAUACGAUCAACUAUUUUAAUAAAACAGUUUCAGAGGUUAAACUAUGUGUCAGAGAUGAAUUAAAGUUUAAUUAGUGAAAAACCGUAACUCUUUGACUUCUG